AUGACUGGAAUCAAGAAUCUAUUAGUAGAUAUCAAAAACCAUUCAACUAGCUAUGUAACUUUUGGUGAUGGAGCUAAAGGAGAAAUCAAAGGGGUUGGAAAACUAGACUGCUCAGGAGUUCCAAAUCUGGAAGGAAAGGAAGUGGUAAUGAGGGGAGUCAGAUCCAAAGAUAACUGUUACUUGUGGGUUUCUCAUGAAUCUAGCUACUCAACUGUAUGUUCUAAAAAAGAAGAAGCAAAGUUGUGGCAUCAAAGACUUGGUCACCUUCAUCUAAGAGAUGUCACAGAUGAUGUUGGAACAUUCUGGGAACCCGCAGCUGAAGGAUCUAAGAAAGAAGAUGAUUGCAGUCCUACUGUUACAGAAGCUGAAGCUGAACCCUCUAACAAAGGACCCUCUAUAAGAGUUCAAAAAGAUCAUCCUAGUGAACUUAUUAUAGGAGAUCCCAACAGUGGAGUUGUUACAAGGUCAAGAGAACAGAUUUCUCCUUCAAAGAAGACGACUUCCCGCUCUAAAACAGUAUCCGAUUCUAGGGCACCAAAUAUGGUGAGUGAUCAGGAUGUUGUGAUGGAUGUUGUGCCCUUGAACACGGUUCCGGCUACUGAUCAUGUUAGUAGUAUACCAAGAAAGAUGCAUGCGCGAAAAUCGACUGGUGGGUCCGUUCCAGAAACUUUUUCUGCUAGGGAUAAAGAGGGUUCUGCAUAUGUCCACAAUGCGAUCGCAGGUCUUGUCACGAGAAUCUUGAAUGAAGGUCACAAGGUAGAAGGAAUAUCUGUUCCUUUAGCCCAAGCUUCUGCUCCUAAGAACAGCAAAGACGAUCAAGUUGAUGCUAGCAAAGAUCAUGUUGAUGUUGAGACAUCUGAAGCUAACAAUGUUGAGACUUCUGAUGCUAAAGAUGUUGAAACAUCUGGAGCUAAAGAUGCUGAGAUUCUUGAAACAGAGAAAGCUGAAGAGGUCACUGCUACUUCUCCUAAAGAGAAGCUUACUCGCCCUAUUGACAGUGUAAAUGAUGUGGUGGAUCUGGAUAAUCUAGAUGAUCCUAUUGACAUUGCUGAUGAUGACCUCAUCUCUAGCAUUUCUAACAGAGUCAAGGCUCGAAGGGGACAGCAGGUUGAUGAUCAACAUCUUCCCAAGACUAAAGUUGCUCCUCUAAAGAAUGCCACCAAAGAAAAGAUCAAGAAGUGGAAAGAAAGAAGUGUUUCUGACUCAGAGGACAAUGUCCUAAGUGAUGUCCCUGACAUCCCUUCAAAGAAGAAGAUUGCUGUCACCAAAUCCUCCACAAAGAGAAGACUGGAUCUGGAAAGAGAGCUUGCAAAUGAUGCUCUGGAAUGUCAAGAGGUCAUGAAGCUCAUCAAAUCUGCAGGUUUGCUUAAAACUGUUACUCAUCUUUCUAAAUGCUAUGAAAUGCUCGUGAAGGAGUUUAUAGUAAAUUUGUCUCAAGAUUGUGCUGAUGGGAAAGCUGAGGAUUUUCAUAAGGUGUAUGUUAGAAGAAAAUGUAUAGAUUUCUCCCCAACUGUUGUCAACCUCUAUCGAGGUAGGGAUGAUGAGGCUCAACCUGAGCUUGAAGUGACUGACAAUGAGGUGUGCAAAGUUAUCACUGGUGGUAAGGUUAAGAAAUGGCUCAUAAAGAGUAAAUUGUCUGCUAGUCUUCUUAAUGUCAGGUAUGCUUUGCUGCACAAAAUUGGUGCUGCUAACUGGGUGCUUACCAAUCACACUUCUACCAUUGUUGUUGACCUAGGUAGAUUCAUAUAUGUUGUGGGAACCAAGACAAAGUUUGAUUAUGGAACUUACAUAUUUGAUCAAACUAUGAGGCAUGUUGGUACCUCUGCUACCAAGCUACCCAUUGCUUUUCCAUCCCUGAUAUGUGGGAUAAUCCUCAAGCAAUACCCUGGAAUUCUGAAAGCUAAAGACUCUGUGUGUAAGAGGGAGAGUGCUUUGUCCUUCCACUAUAAGCUGCUCCAAAGGUCAGAUGACACAACAUCUGCUGGGACAUCACAAACCAGCAAAUCUGUGAACAAAUCCUCUCUUAUUGCUGAGCUGAAAGAGACUUGUAAAGAGUUGGACAAUAGGAAGAUGAAGCUUGAAAAGCUCAUUCAAAGACUUGAGCAGUCUGCAGAUGAUGAUCAUGCUGGUGGAAGUGAUGGUGAAACUAAUGAUGAAGAAAAUGGUGCUGAUAGUGGUGAUGAUGAUGAGGCUGAGGAUAGUGAGGGUGCUGAAGAGACUGGGAGUAGUGAUGCUGGUGAAGAGACUGGUGGCUCUAGUGAUGAAGAGACUGGUGGAUCUGACAAUUAG